AUGAGUGGGACGGGAGGACAUGUUAGGCAAAGACCCGGUGACUCGGUGCCUCUGGUUUCGCUUUUACUGCGCUCCUGUUCACUGUCCAGUUGGCCUGUGUCUGAUCUGCCUGCAGGCGGCGCAGCGUCUUUAGCGCACUUCGUGUUGCCAGGGCAUCGAGCAACGGAGCAGGCCGUCCGGCCAACCGGAUUGCUGGCAGAAGCACUGGCCUCUUACCGCCGGCUCUCGGCGGAACGAAACCCUCAUAAACGGACAUCAAUUUCUCCUCUCGUCUCGCUCAGCCGAGGCCUUAGCGACGCGAUCGAUACUCCCCUGCCCGGGCCUCGGGACACCCUGUUGGACAAGGAGGUCUAUAGCCGGCGCGACGAGAAGGCCAAUGUUUGGCUUGAAGGAAUUCGCACCGGACACCAAAUAAGGAUCGCCUUGGAGUGGGCGCUAUUUGAUCCUGCAAAGAUGUCCUCGGCUCCCCGUCCUCUGACCCCGAUACAAUUGCACUAA